GAAUUCCGAUGGGAAUGUGAAUGUGACCUUCCUUCCUCACAAUUUUCCUUUUGUUUUCAUCCUUUUCCUAACCAAACCAGAACUGGAAGAAAACAGAACCAGGAAACAAUAAGACUACUUAUUAAAACAAGCAACACAGACGACAAACAAAGGGAGUAGGAUUCUGCACCACCGAUUUCACUACUUGCAGGUCUUAGGACUCAUUGGUGGCUUUGUGGUUUGCGUGAUAGCUAUAAGGCUUUUGUCAGAAGGCUGUAUUUCCUUCAGGAUUUGUAUGACUGUGGAUUAUUUAUUACAUUUUUUGGAGCAUUAUUUGAGGGUUUGUCUUGUAUAUAAUUUACUCCAAGAUUUCCAUCUUUCUUCACAUAUAAAAGCUGAUUACUGUCAUAAAGAUUCAGAAGCUACAAGUAAGGGAAUAAGGUCCAGAGUUCAUUAUCUGGUGCACCCAAGAUGACAGAUAUGAGAGGGAGCACAUCUACUGGAACAGAUAUCCAUGCUUUGCACAAGGAAUGGGAUGAGGCUUCGUGCCCAAUCUGCAUGGACCAUCCACAUAAUGCUGUUCUCCUUCUCUGCAGCUCACAUGACAAGGGCUGCAGGUGUUACAUCUGUGACACAAGUUACAGGCACUCAAAUUGCCUAGAUCGUUUUAAAAAACUAAGAGUCGAACCUAGGAACAGCCCUUCACAUCCCAGAUCUUCCUUAUCUGAGAACCCAGAUAAUUUAAGAUCCAACCAGAGGCCUUUGCAUGUUCAUACAUCGGAACUUUACUUAGGGGAUCUGAGAAUGGAGAAUGACCAGGAAAAUGCUCAUGAAGGCUUCAGUUUAGAUGAAAACAACAAUGGAAGCUCAGCUGGGUUAUUGGAUGCACUAGAAGAAAAUGUCAACGAAGAACUGGAUAGGCAUUCAGAAACACAAGGCGGCAACAUUGUUGAAACAAGUGACCCUGAGGCAUUCAGGAGAAGGAUUGGUUUCGAAGAGUUAGGUGCAGAGAAUAUAUCUACCCCUAACUUGAACUUGAAAUGCCCCCUAUGUCGAGGGACUGUAACAGGCUGGAAGAUUGUGAAGGAGGCCAGGGAGUAUCUUGACCUGAAACGAAGAAUUUGCUCACGAGAGGCAUGCUCAUUUGUUGGUAGCUACAGGGAGCUUCGAAGGCAUGCUAGGCGGGUACACCCUACCACAAGACCUGCUGAUGUUGACCCAUCAAGGCAACGUGCUUGGCGUCACCUUGAGCACCAAAGGGAAUAUGGUGAUAUUGUCAGUGCUAUCCGUUCAGCCAUACCAGGUGCUGUUGUAGUUGGAGACUAUGUCAUAGAGAAUGGAGAUGGAUUCUCAUUUGACAGGGAAAGCAGCUCAGGUGGAGGAAGUGGUAUAUGGUGGGCUAGACUUUUUCUCUUACAGAUGAUUGCAUCAGAGUCAAGAGGCCUCUCAAGGGCUUUGACAAGGCAUCGUCGUUCAUCCAUAGCAUUCCCUAGUCGUCGUAAUUUGUGGGGUGAGAAUCUGCUGGGUCUGCAAGAUGAUGACUGGAACCUGGCAAGUGACAUGGGUGAGGAUGUAUCUCCAGUACCAAGGAGGCGUAGGCGGUUCACACGGUCCAGGUCGGAUGAAGAUCAACCGUGAGAGUUGCCACUAGUUCUGCAUUGCCUUGAAAUGAAAAAGAUUGUUCAUGGAUGCGCUUAUUCACUUGAAGAACUAUGCUUAGAGCUAUUGAGUUCGGACAAAAAAGGGUGAGGAGAAUCAUGUGAUAAGGAUGCUUUAUUGCGGUUUGGUUCUGGUCUCAAUCAGCCUCAAGUGUUAAGCUCCCAAACCAAUCUCUAGAUUGCAUUGAACAUGAUUUCUUCAAAUUUCGUCUGCCUCCCUUGUGUGCACGUCACCAUGUCCACUUUGACGUUAUAAACAAUGUAUAGAACUGUAACAGCGGAUUGUUAUUUUUCCGGUCUUAAUGAAUUGCAUAGAACCUGUUUGUUGUUCAGGUUUAAUGCAUGCAGAUUGUACA